UAUGAAAGCUUAAAAGAUUAUAUAGCAAGCAUUGACAGUUUACGAGAUAAUUCGUACCCUUUACCAGUACCGGACAAACCUGGGGCUGCUGCUAUACACAACGUAACACAAAAAUACCCCUCGCCUGUAAUCCAAAAAAAUGAUCGAUUAUGCACAUGUUGUCGUUGUGGAAAAGCGUUCUGUAUUACGAAAGAUGGCACACAAGUUGAUGAUGAAUGCGUCUACCAUUUCGGUAGAAUUAUUUCUAAGAAAGUGUCUGGGGAGAUUGUUAAUAUUUACAGCUGCUGUGAUGGAGCAGUCGGAGGAGCCGGUUGUUCAAUUUCUAAAAGCCAUGUACAUCGAUAUAAUGGAGAUAUGUCAUCUGGAUAUGUUGCCACUAUUUCUUCGGCAACAGCAGAAAAUAAUGUUUAUGCCUUAGAUUGUGAAAUGUGCUAUACUGCUAAUGGAAUAGAACUAUGUCGCGUAACUAUGGUAGAUCAUAAUGCUGAAGUCGUCUACGAUAGUUUGGUAAGACCGUCAUCUAGAAUCAUUGAUUACAAUACUAGAUUUAGUGGUAUUACGGAAAGUGAUAUGAACGGCAUUAAUGUUACAUUACGCGAUGCGCAAGCAAUAAUAUUAAGUUACGUUUAUGAGAAUACGAUAAUUGUAGGUCAUGGACUCGAAAAUGAUCUGAUAUCGUUAAAGUUAAUACAUAAGAUGAUUGUUGAUACAGCCUUGGUAUUCCCUCAUCGACGUGGUUUACCUUAUAAGCGAUCUUUAAAAAAUCUCGCGCGUGAUUUCUUAAAGCGUAUUAUCCAAAAUAGCGGUGAUGAUGGUCAUGACAGUAAAGAAGACGCUGUAACUUGUAUUGAUUUAAUGAAAUGGAAGUUAAAAAAUGGGAAAAGGUCACGUUCUUCGUCCAUAAAGCAUGUGUGCCUUCAAAAGCCCCGCUGUUAA